CCCAAGCCCCGGUGUAGACAGCGCUAAGAAUUCCGGCGUCAGUUGUGUCUACACGGCAGUGGGGCAGCCGUAGUGUUUCAGCCUUUCUGCCGGCUGCCCUUUGAAUCGCUGCUCUUUGGUGAAUAAACAGAUCCUCGCGUUCUCUACAAGCCAAUCUAAGUGCCGGGGGUGGAGCAGAGCCCUGGUCCAAGGCGGAACGGAUCCCGCGCCAUGGGCGGCCGGGCCGAGCCCCUGAGCCCCCUGACCCGCUGGUACAUCUACGCCAUCCACGGCUACUUCUGCGAGGUGAUGUUCACGGCCACCUGGGCCUUCGUGGCCGAGCGGGACUGGAAGUUCCAGGGCGUCACCAGCGUCUGGGCCCUGUUCAUCUACGGCACGUCCAGCCUGGUGCUGGAGCGGAUGUACCUGCGGCUGCAGGGCCGCUGCCCCCUGCUGAGCCGCUGCCUGUGUUACACCCUCUGGAUCUACCUGUGGGAGUUCGCCACCGGCUACCUGCUGCGCCGGUUCGACGCCUGCCCCUGGGACUACAGCCACUUCCGCUACCACCUCAUGGGGCUGGUGACGCUGGAGUACGCCCUCUUCUGGUUCCUGGGCUCCCUGCUGCUGGAGAAGCUGAUCAUCGGGAACACCCUGCGGUUGCGGCUGGAGGGGCCCGGCCCCACGGCGGCCCCCGCCGGCCGCUUCGCACCCCGCAAGGACGCCUGAGCACCUCCCGGGCUGGGCCGCCUGCCCCUCUCCGGACUGUCCUGCCGCAGCUCCCGGCGCGGCCUGACGCUAGCCACGGGGGCGGCUUUGCGUGGGGGGUGGCCGGGCGGUGCGGGGCGAAGCUCUGAUCCUCCCGUCCUCCCCGCCCCCGAGACCCUCCUGUUCCCCCGCCGACUCCUGCUGGGGGGAUCCAUCCCCUGGUGCUAAUGCAGGGAGAUUCCCCGGGGACUCGUCCGCCAGGACGUACCCUGGGCCCAGUUCUCAGCCCCCCACUCCUGCAUCCCUGGGCGUGGCGGCAGGAAUGGGGGGCAGGUGGCUUUUAGCCCCUGUUGGUGCCCCCCCCCCGUUCUGCGCCCUGCAGCUGGGGUCAGCUGUGUUUCUGCCUGACGCAUCAUAGAAGGCAGCACAUCGGUCCUGGGUAUAAAAAGGGAUGGAGCAACCUUGGGGCUGAUCUGAAUGACUCUCUGCCCCCUACGGGCCCUGGGGGGCAGAGAGUAGCCACCAGCCACGCCCUAGAUCCCCCCCCAGACACAGCGGAGGACUGUGCUCCACACCAGGUGGAAAGACUCUCU